CAGAAUUAUUAUUGAAAAUGUAAAUGUUUGAUGCUAUGGUAUAUUUUGAAGUGCAGUGUUUAUCGUGAUGUUAUAUUGUAAUUGUGUUCAAGAAUUGUUGCCAUCACUAUUAUGAUAUGAUUCUGAGAUUUUUUACUGGACCGUUUUGACCAUUAAUAGGAAACAAAAAUUUCCGUGAAUAAUAUCGCAUCCUAUUCCUAGGCCUACAUUGAAAAUGGCGUCUGAAAAGGAAUCUCCCUGUCAGGAUUACUGUGCUAAUGAUCCGAAUUUUGCCAUAAUUUGUUCAUUUUUCGACCGUUUUGCCAUCACUUGUGGUAUUACGUAUCCUACAUUUGCUGAACUUCAAGAAAUGAUUGAAAACACCCAAGAUGUUCCACCGGAACUCAUUGAUUUGCAUGUCAAACUGUUGAGAAAGAUCCGAAGAUCUGUUGCAACAGAAAAAUGGGAGAAAGCAUUAAUCAAGUUUUGCCAUUCAUAUCUAUGUAAUGAAGAAGGCUGGGAACUAGAGCGUUGUGGUUACAAAAAAUGCAAAGUCUCAAUCAGACUAAAAAUACUAAAGACUCUCUUAGACGCACAGUUUGAUCUAAACAGCAAGUUUAAGAAUGACAUAAACAAGUUGACGCCAGAAGAGCUAAGGUUAGAGCCGCUGGGCAGAGACAAGGUGGGUCAGUCGUACUGGUGUCAGUUUGACUCUGCUGCUAACGUCAGGGUUUACAAAGAGGACCAGGACGAGGAAACUUGGGCUUUGGUGGCAAAAGAUCGGGAAGGGCUGGUUGGUCUCAUUACACAAUUGUCUUCUGGUGAAGAACUGCUUGAACUGGAACUGAUAAACGAAGACAGUAAUAGCCAGGAGGUUGAAAAACCUAUCAUCGAUACUGGACAAGUUGAACAAUCAACGAGUGAGGAGAACACGGUUGACAGUGUUGCCUCCAAAAAUGAACUUCCAGUCAAGGAAGAAAGUAGUUGUAUCAAUGGAAUUUCCAAAAGUGAUGUUUCAAAUGUUGCUAAUCCACAGAAAGAAGUUUUAGAAGACACGAAGAGUGAAACCAAAGUUAAAAUUGACAAUGGUGAACUUUCAGAUCAAACAAACAAGUGCACUGCUAAUCCACAGAAAGAAGUUUUAGAAGACACAAAGUGUGAAAUCAAAGUUAAAGUCGACAAUGAUGAAGUUUCAGAUCAAACAAUCAGGUGCACAGAUGUCUCUCUUGAUAAUAAUCAUGAAGUGACAACCAUUAAUGGAAAUGAUCACAAAGAUGAAGUAGAGCCGGAAAAGAUAAUAGAUAAAGGUUGUCUUUUAGAAAAUAAAAAAGAUAUAAACCAAGCUGAUUCAAUAUCUGCCUUAAAGACUGAAAAUUAUGUUGGCAAUGAAAAUAAUAUAAGUCAGCUGCCCACUAAAACUUCUGAUGAAGUAAAAAAUGUUGCAGAGGAAAUCAAACAGAGAUCCCUUUUCAAAUCUACCAGUUCUCCGUUAUUCAAAGGUAAAAUUGGAAAAUCUUCAGGUUCAAAGUUGGAUCAAAUUUUCAGUCGUAAAUUGGAGCAGAGUAGCUUAAAUUCUAUCGGUAAAGUUGGCAAUGUUGAAGAUGGUAAAGAAACAAGUUUACAUCUCAAAACUUUAGUUGAUGACGAUUCAUGUAGUCAAAGUUCGGUUUUGAGUAAUGUUAAUGAGCAAGAAAGCAACUCUAUCAGCAAAGAAUUACAAGUUAAAAGAAAAGCGGAUGAACUCUGUGAGGAGCCUAGUAAAAAACAAUGUUUAGAAGAAUUUAAACCUGAAUUGGAACCUGAAGUUGGGGAAGAAAUUGAAGAACCUGUAAUGAUAAUAAAAGGUGAAGGUUCAGGUCAGGAAUGUGAUACAGGGAAUCCGGGCAAAGAUAGCGAAGAAGAAGUCGGCACACAAAAUAUGAAUAAAACUGCCUCCAAUAAAAGUGAAAUAACACAAAAAAAUGAACCUAGUGAUAAUAGAUUUACUGAAGAUAUUUUACUUGAAAAGAGUUUGAACAAUGGCAUAUCUAGUGAUAAUGGCAAGUUGGAUGAAUUCUCACAGAUUAAAGUUACAGAUAGUACUCAUAACAAUCUAGAGAUCACAAAAAAGGAUGGUAAUCUGUGUGAUAUAUCUAAACCCAUUCAUGGUGAAAAUACAUUAGAAAAUUUUGAAUUAACAAAUACUGAUAAAUCAGAGCUUGAGAUGAACAAGUCCAUAGAAGAACAGAUGUCUGACCUUACGGGUGAAGGUCUUUCUCCCAAGGGAGUACCUGAGUGCCAGAGAAAUACAGAUAAUAAGAAGGAAACUGACAUUGAAGUCAAUUCUAAAACAUCUGAAAAAUUAACAAGGAGAAAGUCAUUAGACUCAACUGAUGAUGUAGACACUGAAUCAAUUCCUCCGGAAGCUAAAAAAACAAAAGUAGAAAAAGACUGCAACGAUAUUUUUGGUACGGAUGACAGCAUGCCUUACUCAACUGAAGAAAAAAAGUUGGAUGACAAAAAAGGUAAUUUAAAUGAUAGAGUGCCUGAGCUAAAGGUUACCAAUGAUUUUGUAGACAAAGAAACACAAGAUACAAGUAAAUCAAGUGAAAACGAUGAUCCUGAGGACCUGUUAACAAAGUCAAACAUUAAAGGAAAUGUUUUUGAAAGUCAAAAGGAAGCUAAUAGUAAACCUGUUGAUGACGUUAAAGCGUCUGUAGGAAAGGAAAUCACUAGUGUUGAAAACAAGAGUUUGCCAAAGAAGGAUGAAGAUAGUUUAGAACCUAAUGAAAAAAUCAAUACUUAUGAUCCAGAUGGCAAAGUAGAGUCCAAUGAAAAUUGUUCUGUUGAAGACAAUUUAAAGAAAAUUGACCGGUCUAAAGAGAAAGAUGCAGAAAGUAAUGUUGAUGAAACUACUUCAAAAUCAAAAAUUAAAGAAAGUAAAAUUAAGUUGGAAAGUGAGGUGAAAUCUAAUAGCACAAUAUCUAGUAACCCUACUAAAGAAAGGAUUAAUGAUGAGGGGAGUUCCUCAAUAAAUCCUUUGAGUGAACAAUCUGAGGUUCUGGAGAAAGAUGAAAAAGUUUCUAGUGAUAAUAAAGCUCCAAAAUGUGCGUCUGAGUCUGUAAAGAAAGAUGAAAAUAAAGAUUGUGAUAUUAAGAGUGAAAAUGAAGCUCAAAGCGAUUCCUCAACAAAAGACAAUGAUGGAACUGCUAAAAAAAAAAAGACUCCAGUAAAAAAAUCUCCCAAACCAAGAAGAAAAGUAUUUACCCCAAAAUCAAGAAAAAGGGCGAAUAAAAAUAAACCAACAAAAGAUGAAUCUGAAAAUAGUUCUGUUCCUGGAGAUAAAAAUAGUCCACAGAAACUUGAUUUGGAAGAAAAGGGUAAUCAAAAAGAAAAAUCGAAUGACGAAGGGGAUCUUUCUGAAAAGAAAGAAACCAAAGCAAAACCAAUUUCAGGGAGGAAGAGAAGGAAUAGCCACAAAAAUGUCAACACAGAAAAAGAAUCUGAAGAAGAUCUAGCCUCUGACAAGAAAGCUAAUACUGAAGAGGAUAAUGAAGAAAUCGGAGGAAAACGUAGAAAAGUCAAAGGAAAGAGAGCUCCAAAUAAAAGUUUGCGUAAGGGUGUAGAAGAGAAAAGAAAUUGCAAAUCCAGUAGUGAAGAAGAGAACCACAGUGAUGAUAAUAAAGACACAGAACUCAAUAAAUCGUUUAAAGAAUCUAAAACUUCACCUGCUGCUAAGAACAAUCUAACAGCAAAAAGUGCAAAAACUGCCAAAAGUAACCAAGGGAAAGGAAAACAAAAUGUUAAAUCUAAUUUGAAAUCAAAGAAAGAUGAUGCCAGUAAAAUUACAGAUGAAGAUGUCAAUGACGAGGAUGAUGACAAGUCUGAUGAAUCUACUGAAAAGAAACCGAAGAAGUCAAAGGGACGAAACAGUAGAGCAUUUUCAGGUAUCAAUUUAGAUAUUGAUCUGAAUGAUACAAGCCGUUCUGUCAGACAGUCAAGUCGCAUCGCACAAAUUAAAAUUAAAGAACAAGCAGAUCACAAACAUGGGGACGACCACCAUCAGAAUGCUGAUAAACCAGGGAAGAAAAAUAAAAAGAAAAAGGAUGACAACGAAGAGGCAAUCAAGGGAACUCCCAAAAAGAAGAAGAAAACUAAGAAAGAAAGUGAUGACGAUGUUCCUGAGGACGAACCCUUAUCUGAGAGGAAGAAAAGGAGGAGGAAGAAGAGAAAGCAUCCAGUAAAAGCAUUUAAUGAACGUGAUCCCUGGAAAUCUUCUUCUGGAUCAAGUUCUGCUGAAGAAGAAGAAGAGGACCAUUUUGAUGACAUUGUGGAGGAGGAUGAAGAGCUUCCUUUGCCAGUGAAGUCUGAUCACGAAUUUUCUCCUGAGUCGGAUUUGGAAGCAGACGAAGAGUGGAAACCAGUUCGAAGGGCAAGAACAGCUCAGAAAGUCAAAGAGCCAACUGAGGAGACGGAGGAGAGUUCUAAGGACUUGGAUGACUUUGCGUGUGAGAAGUGUGGCAAGAAGGAUCACCCUGAGUGGAUAUUGUUGUGUGACACUUGUAACCUCGGCUGGCAUGCGUCCUGUCUACGGCCUUCACUCAUGUUGGUGCCAGAAGGAGACUGGCACUGCCCUCCCUGUCAACAUGCAACGUUGGUGAAGAAGUUGCAAGAAACAUUGAGAAUCUAUGACAAAGAUACCAAGCGGAGGGAGAACGAGGAGUUGAGACGGAAGCGGCUGGCGUAUGUGGGCAUCAGUCUGGACAACGUGUUACCUGGUAACGCUCACCCACCCAAGGAGAAGCCCAGUGGUAGUGAGAGUUCCGAGAGCUCGGCGUCUCGGUCUGAUUCAGAGUCAGAGUACUCAGAUGAGCCUGUUUACCAGCUGCGACAGCGACGCUCAGGCACCACCAGCUACCGCUUCAAUGAGUACGAUGAACUCAUCAACUCUGCAAUACGGGAAGAGGUGGAGGGUAGUGGUGGUGUUUUACCAGCUCCUGUUGCUACAACUGACGCAGUGUUGCCGAAGGAGGGAGAAGGAACGCCACAGACCAAUCAGAGUAGCGCUGAAAUCAAUGGCGAGGAGGUUAAGGCAAAUGCUACAACCGAUAUUAAAGAAAAAGAGGAGAAACCAAAAAAGAAAAGAGAGGAAAGUGAUGAGGAGUCGUCUGAUGAUGAUGACAGCAAGAAUGAAGAUGAUGAAGACGAAUUUCCAAGAGUGGUGCCCAAAAGAACAACUCUGUCCCGGCCGGGCCGCAAGAAACACCGCAAACUCAAUAGUCUGGACGAUCCUAGUGAUGAUGAUGACGACGACGAGGACUUCAAAGGCUCCAGUUCGGAAGAGGAAGAAGAAGAAGAUGAGGAUGAUGACAGUGAUGAGUCUGGUGGCGGAAGACGAAAGUCUAGGAGAGGUAACAUGGAGCCUGUCAGACGAUCCUCGAGAGCACGGAAAUCCCGCUUUGACAAGGAAUUCAUUAACGAUGACAGUGAAGAGAGUGAUGCUCCGAGAAGCAAGAAAAGUAAGAAGCUAUGGAGUGACUCUGGAAGUGAAUCAGACGACUCGACCUGGGGUAGACGGAAGAAAAAGAAAGGUUUUAAUUCAUCGCGAGGGAGGAAAUUCCAAAAAAGUAAAAAAUUUACAAUUGAGGAUGAGUUGUCUGAUAUAGAAUCUUCCAAAACGCCAAAAAAGAAACGCCAGAGAAAAAUAAAAUAUGGAGGAUUAGAUGACUUGGCAGUUGAGGAAUUACCUUCCAGAAGAACUCGUGGGAAAAAAAUUAACUACGUAGAAGUUUUAGGAACAGAUUCUGAUGAGGAUAUUCAGAAGACCAAGAGUUUUAAGAAAGCUGUUAUUGAGGAUGAUGAUGAGUUUGAUGCUGAAAAAGAAAAACAAGAAACUUCAGCUGGCAGAAGAAAAAGAUUUGGUGAAGAAGAAGAGUCAGCAAAUGAAGAAAAGAGUUCAGAAGAAGACAAUGAUGAAUCAGAAGAGGAUGACAAGGAAGUUAAAAACCAAGAUAAAAUCAUUCAAAAUAAAGAGAGUGAGAACCACCUGAAAACAGACGAAAAGGAGGUGGCAAAACCACUGAAUAUACCUUCAAAUAAUGUGUCGCCUCCCAAAGUAACUCCUCCUAAAGUUGCUCCUGCGAAAGUUGCUCCUGCGAAAGCGGUAAAUAAAGGUAAACCACCUGGCAGGAGGGGAAGACCUCCUAAAGCCAUGAUAGCUCCUCCCCCUGAACGUCUGAUCUCUGAGGAUGAGCAAUACAAAGCUGUAGUGAGCAAAGUUGCAACAAUCGGACACAACAUGAGUGACAUCAGCGUAGCCAAAGCCGUCAAUGUCAGCGAUUACCCUCAGAAGUUUUCGGAAACAAAAGACUUUAUGGAACCACCUCAACCUGUAACUCCCAUCAAGAUUCCAAAUAGUUCUUUUGAUCCUAAAUUGGUGAAACGUAAUCCUCCCAUAAAAAUACGUUCUGGAGUUCCAGUAAAUGCGGGAGUAAAGAGUCCCACGUUAGGAAGUCCUACAAGUGAUAUGUCGAUGUUCUCAGUUAAAUCUCCAAACUCUGGAUCUCUGUCUUCCCCCCCAGAUGGUUCUCAGCUUCAAAUGCAACGAAAUAUAAUGCCCUUGAAUUCCACAACUGCGAGGAAAUCCAUUAAUGUUCCACUCAAAAAUGUGAAGACUGAAGUUCGAGGUGACGAGGAAGAUUUAGACGAUGAAGAUCUAAUGGAUGAGAUUGAAGAGGAAGAAGAGGAGGAAGAUGAAGAUGACUCGGAGGAUGAUGUUUUAGAAGAAGGUGAAAUACCUAAGAAAGUGGCAAGGCGAAUGGCUCGAAUGGAAGAAAAACUGGAGAAGAGGAAGUUGGCAAAGCAGAUGGAGAAGUUAACAUCUGUACAGACAGGAGCAGUGACGAUACAGUCAGUCAGUCCAGGAGCUGCUCAGCCUGCCACAGACCAGAAGCCCACCCCUACAACACAACCUACACAACCUCUGUUAAGAGUGGUGUCUCCUCUGAAGCUGAUGGCUAACCCUCCUGGACCACUCCAGUCAACUUUUAUGAACCCUGGAUUGGGUCCCAGAAUGCCAAUAGGAUCACCACCUCCCUCCGCUCGAAUGCCUAUGGGGAUGAGGCCACCACAGCCUAGUAAUAUGCCUACUGGUGGGGAGGUGGCCUCGAGGAAGGGCCGUGGGAGAGGGAAGAAAGGAGAGAAGGAGGAGAUGAUGGUGCCUUCAGGAGGAAGCGUCAUCCGAGGAAUGCUUCAGCAGCCCCAGUCCUACCCUCCGUCUCACUACCAACAGCAGUACCCACCGAGGAUACCAUACAAUCCCCAACAGAGGAUGCCGAGGCCUCCCUUCCACCCGGGUCACCCGCACCCUAUGGACCCGUCACCCUCUGGUGGGGGUCCCAUCAAUGUAAAACAAGAACCUGGAGCCCACCCGGUCAGCAGUCCCAUGCACAUACCGAACAAACCACCGUCGUCUGCACCACCGCAGCCGUAUCAUCCGCAGCACAGGUUCGACACCAGGCCGCCAGGUUACCCUCCUCGACCACAGUACGGCAGCUAUCCUCCCCCGCCUGUGUCCAGUAGCGGGUACGGACAUUACGGCAGCUAUCCCCCACCACCUCCUGCAAGAGAAGACUAUGUCGCUCCUCCACAGCCGCAACCACAGUACAAUGAACAGUUCAGCGAACAACCGACUCCCCCUCCUACCACCCCUCAGACUAGUAAACCCUACAAUGAGGAGGAAGGCAGUGGAGAGUUCGGUGGCCUCGUCUCGUACUUCUCCAGCCAGCGAGAGGAGGACAUCGACACAUAGUUUUAAGUGGCACCGGCCCUUUAGAGGGCAUCAGACUGACUACAGUUAAUAUAAAAUAAGACGCAACUCAUUUCUAAAAUAUAUUUUUUUGAAUCAAAAUUCAUUUUCUUAGUUAAGUUGUUAAUUUUUUCCUUCAAAUUGCUUGUAAAUAACUAUCGAUAGUCUUGGUCAGUAUUUAACCAUUUGGUAAGACUCUACAGCUUAAAGCGUCCAUCUAUUGUAAUUUAUAUUUGUGAACACUGGGUGCUCGACCAGUUUUUAUUCUGGGAAGUUGAUCUAUGUAUUAUGUGAUGAUAAUUAAAUAUUUAUGGUAGACUUAGUGUUAGGUGUUUUGUAUUAUGUUUUGUAUAGAGAUCACAUGUACAUAGAUGUAUAUAGAUACUUGUAGGUAAUAUAUAAAUUUUCAGUGAAUGCUUUAUUGUAAAACUAAAAUAAAAAUAUUUAUAGGUAAAACGCUGUAGGUGUAAACCUGUUUUGUUUUUUAUCACAAUAUGUUUGCUUAUUUUAUUUUCUUGUUUAAAUUUUUGUAUGAUUAUUGAUUAUUUA